GUUUCUCUUUCUUUACCUUGCUAGUUUAUCUUGCUUGCUGAGACCUACGGGCUGCUACUGCUGUGGUAGACGACGACAACGGCGGCGCCAUCGUCUGAUUGAUUCCUUUCACAAACAUGAAGCUAGACGUCGACGUGUUACGUUAUCUCUCGAAGGACGACUUCAGGGUGUUAACAGCCGUAGAGAUGGGGAUGCGAAACCACGAAAUAGUCCCCGCCGAACUCAUAGACCGAAUAGCCUCUCUAAAACACGGUGGCACCUACAAGGUCCUUAAGAACCUCCUCAAGCACAAGCUCCUUCACCACGACUCCUCCAAAUACGACGGUUUCCGUCUCACUUACCUCGGCUACGAUUUCCUCGCCAUCAAGACCCUCGUUAAUCGCGGUGUCAUUUCCAGUGUCGGUCGUAAAUUGGGCACUGGUAAAGAAUCGGAUAUCUAUGAGGUUGCUGCUGAAGACGGCACCGUUUUGGCCAUGAAGUUGCAUCGGCUUGGGAGGGUUUCUUUUAGAGCUGUUAAGUCUAAGAGGGAUUAUUUGAGGCAUCGCUCUAGUUUUAAUUGGCUUUACUUGUCUAGACUCGCUGCUCUUAAAGAAUUCGCCUUUAUGAAGGCAUUGGAAGAGCACGAGUUUCCGGUUCCAAAUGCUGUGGAUUGUAAUAGGCAUUGUGUGAUCAUGUCACUUGUUCAAGGUUAUCCACUUGUCCAGGUGAAGGAAUUACAAAAUCCAGAAACUGUUUUCGAGACGGUACUUGGCGUUAUUGUUCGUUUGGCAGAGCAUGGUCUUAUUCACUGUGAUUUCAAUGAGUUUAACAUUAUGAUUGAUGAUGAUGAGAAGGUCACCGUGAUUGAUUUUCCACAGAUGGUUUCUGUAUCUCAUCGGAAUGCACAGAUGUACUUUGACCGUGAUGUUGAAUGCAUCUUUAAGUUUUUUCAGAAGAGGUUUAACCUCUCUUUUCAAGUAAGCACAGAUGAUAAUGAAGGCUCUGAUGCAGACACAGAUGAAACUGGCUGGCCAUCCUUUUCCUCAAUAUCCAAAUCUUCUGGUUUUCUCGACAAGGAACUUGCUGCUAGUGGCUUCUCAAGGAAAGAUCAGGAGGGCAUUGAGAAAUUCAUUGAAGAGGACAUAGAUGAUACAGACUCUGACAGAGAGGAGUCUGAAGAUAAACAGUUUGUUGAGUCGACGGAAGCAAAUGUCAAGGGUUUAAGUUCUUUGCACUUGGAGGAGCAGGAAGAGCAAACUUCAAACUCUGAUGAGGACGGGGUAGAAGUUAAGCAAUGGAGUUGCGAAGCAGGUCAAGAUAACAGGCCUGAAAUUCAAGAUGACAGCGACAAGGAAGAAGAUAAUCAAAGUGCAAUUGAAAAUGAUGCUGAACUGAACAAGAGUCUAAACAAGCAAAGAAAACGUGCUGUAGCAGCAGCCCGCGGGGGCCGGAGGAGUUUUGCAUCCAGAAACUCUUACAAAGACAAGGGUGGCAAAUCCUCCCAAAACUCCCGAAUUCAGAAACAAUUGUGCAGCUGGUGAAAUAAGCGAAACCUUUGAAAUAUGCGAAACCUUUUUGUAACGAUAGACAGAUAGAGAUGGUGUCGAUUAAGUUGUUUCAGAAAAAAGUGAAGAACAGCUCCAAGUGUAAUCAUUGUGUAUGCGGCAUAAAUGAAAAGAAGUAUAAGGAAAGCUGAGAGCGCAAUAUUGAUUUCGUCCCUGUUUCCAGUAUGUUGGAAUGGAAUAUCAUAUAUAUAUUUUUUUUAUAACUACUUAUCUUGUAGGGAAAGAGGAAGAUGGUGAUGGGAGUUUCUGAUAUAAGAAUGAGAAAGAUGUGACCUUUGGC